UGCCAUCGGAAUGGUGGGUGAAGACCCCUACCUUAUCUCAGAUCUGGACCGGCGAGGCCGGCGGAGAUCCUUUGUAGAGAGAUAUGACCCCAGCCUGAAAACCAUGAUCCCGGUGAGACCCUAUGCAAGGUUGGCACCCAACCCCAUGGACGACGCAGGGCUGCUCUCCUUUGCCACAUUUUCCUGGCUCACGCCCGUGAUGGUUCAAGGCUACAAGCACACACUGACUGUGGACACCCUGCCCCCACUGUCACCUUAUGACUCAUCCAACACCAACGCCAAAAGAUUUCGAAUCCUUUGGGAUGAAGAGGUAGAAAAGGUGGGUCCUGAGAAAGCCUCUCUGGGCCGAGUGGUCUGGAAAUUCCAGAGGACCCGUGUUUUGAUGGCCAUUGUGGCCAAUAUCCUGUGCAUUGUCAUGGCAGCCAUAGGGCCGACGAUCCUCCUUCACCAAAUCCUCCAGCAGACCGAGAGCACCUCCAGGAACGUGUGGGUGGGCACUGGCCUGUGCAUCGCCCUUUUUGCCACCGAGUUUACUAAAGUCCUCUUUUGGGCGCUCGCCUGGGCCAUAAAUUACCGCACGGCGAUCCGGUUAAAGGUGGCUGUCUCCACUCUGGUAUUUGAAAACCUGGUGUCCUUCAAGAUGCUGACACACAUCUCAGUAGGGGAGGUGCUCAAUAUACUAUCAAGUGAUAGCUAUCCCUUGUUUGAAGCUGCCUUGUUUUGUCCCUUGCCAGCCACCAUCCCUAUCCUAACGGCUGUUUGUGCAGUGUACGCCUUUUUCAUUCUGGGGCCCACAGCUCUGAUCGGGAUAUCUGUGUACGCCGUAUUCAUCCCCAUCCAGAUGUUUAUGGCUAAGCUCAGUUCAGCUUUCCGAAGGUCAGCAAUUUCAGUGACAGACAAGCGCGUUCAGACAAUGAAUGAGUUUGUGACUUGCAUCAAGCUGAUUAAAAUGUACGCCUGGGAGAAAUCCUUUACCAAGACCAUUCAAGACAUAAGGAAGAGGGAAAGGAAACUACUGGAAAAAGCUGCAUUUGUCCAAAGUGGAAAUUCAGCCCUGGCCCCCAUUGCGUCCACCGAAGCCAUUGUACUGACAUUCACCUGCCACAUCCUUCUGAGACGCGAGCUCACCGCCUCAGUGGCAUUUAGUGUGAUCGCCAUGUUUAAUGUAAUGAAGUUUUCCAUCGCGAUCUUGCCUUUCUCGGUCAAAGCCAUGUCGGAAGUCAAUGUCUCUCUAAGGAGAAUGAAGAAAAUUCUCAUAGCGAAAAGCCCCCCGUCUUACAUCACCCAACCAGAAGACCCAGAUACUGUCUUGCUUUUAGCAAAUGCCACCUUGACAUGGGAGCAAGAAGCCGGCACGAAAAGCAACCUAAAGAAAGUGGAGAACGAGCAAAAGCAGCAGAGGCUGGAGGCGUACCGUUUGAGUCCUUCAGCCCAAGAGGUCACUGGCCCAGAGCAGCACGGCGGCAGCUGCAAACCAGUUCUGCAGAAUAUAAGCUUUGCGGUGAGAAAGGGGAAGAUCCUGGGGAUAUGCGGGAAUGUUGGAAGUGGAAAAAGCUCCCUCAUUGCAGCUCUCCUCGGACAGAUGCGUUUACAACACGGGGUUGUGGCCGUCGGCGGGACCCUGGCCUGCGUUUCCCAGCAAGCGUGGAUCUUCCAUGGAAAUGUGCGAGAGAACAUAUUAUUUGGAGAAAAGUAUGAUCACCAAAGGUACCAGCACACGGUUCGUGUCUGUGCCCUCCAGGACGACCUGAGCAGCCUCCCUUACAGAGACCUGACUGAGAUGAGCAGAGUCGGGGAGCGGGGCCUCAACCUCUCGGGCGGGCAGAAGCAGAGGAUCAGCCUGGCCCGCGCCGUCUACUCUGACCGUGAGGUCUACCUGCUGGACGACCCCCUGUCGGCCGUGGACGCCCACGUGGGGAAGCACGUCUUCGAGGAGUGCAUUAAGAAGACACUCAGGGGGAAGACCGUGGUCUUGGUGACCCACCAGCUGCAGUUCUUGGAGUCUUGUGAUGAAGUCAUUUUGUUAGAAGUUGGAGAAAUUUGUGAGAAGGGAACCCACCAAGAGUUAAUGGAGGAGAGGGGAUGCUAUGCAAAGCUGGUUCACAGCCUCCGAGGAUUGCAAUUCAAGGACCCUGAGCACAUUUACAAUGCAGCAAUGGUGGAAGCCCUUAAGGAGAGCCCUGCUGAAAGAGAUGAAGGUGCUGGUACAAUAGUUUUGGCUCCAGGAGACGAAAAAGAGGAAGGGAAAGGACCCGACACAGACUCAGCAUUUGUAGACAUCAACGCUCCAGCGCACCAGCUCGUCCAGACCGAGUCCCCCCGGGAAGGAGCCGUGACCUGGAGAACGUAUCACACAUAUAUUAAGGCAUCUGGAGGGUACCUCCUUUCUCUCUUCACUGUAUCCCUCUUCCUCCUGAUGAUCGGCAGCUCUGCCUUCAGCAACUGGUGGCUGGGUUUCUGGUUAGACAAGGGCUCACAGGUGACCUGUGGGACCCAGGGCAACAGGAGCGUGUGUGAGAUGGGCGUGGUGCUGGCAGACACCGGGCAGCACGUGUACCAGUGGGUGUAUGCAGGCAGUAUGGUGUCCGUGCUGGCGUUUGCUGUCACCAAGGGCUUCACCUUUACCAAGACCACCCUGAUGGCGUCCUCCUGGCUGCACGAUCGUGUGUUUGACACGAUCGUACAGAGCCCGAUGAGCUUCUUUGACACGACGCCCACCGGCAGGCUAAUGAACCGUUUUUCCAAGGACAUGGACGAGCUGGACGUGAGGCUGCCAUUCCACGCGGAGAACUUUCUGCAGCAGGUUUUUAUGGUGGUGUUCAUCCUCGUGACACUGGCAGCUGUGUUUCCUGCUGUCCUUUUAGUCCUGGCCAGCCUGGCUGUUGGCUUCUAUAUUCUUUUAUGUGUCUUCCAUGGAGGAGUCCAGGAGCUCAAGAAGGUGGAGAACAUCAGCCGGUCACCUUGGUUCUCUCACAUCACCUCGUCCGUGCAGGGCCUGGGUGUCAUCCACGCAUAUGACAGGAAGGAAAACUGCAUCAACAACCACCUCCUGUACUUUAACUGUGCUCUGAGGUGGUUUGCUCUAAGGAUGGAUAUCCUCAUGAACAUCGUCACCUUCAUUGUGGCCUUGUUGGUGACCCUGAGUUUCUCCUCAAUCAGUGCAUCAUCCAAAGGCUUGUCAUUAUCCUACAUCAUCCAGCUGAGCGGACUGCUCCAAGUGUGCUCGCGGACCGGAGCGGAGACCCAGGCCAAGUUCACCUCGGUGGAGCUGCUCCCGGAGUACAUUUCGACCUGUAUUCCUGAAUGCGCUCCUUCCCUCCAAGUGGGGACCUGUCCCCGUGACUGGCCCAGCCGUGGGGAGAUAACAUUCAGAGACUAUCAGAUGAGAUACAGAGAAAACACUCUCCUUGUUCUCGACGGGCUAAACUUGAACAUCCAAAGUGGACAGAUGGUUGGGAUUGUUGGAAGAACAGGUUCUGGGAAGUCAUCCUUAGGAAUGGCCUUGUUCCGCCUGGUGGAGCCAGCCGGCGGCGCCAUCCUCAUCGACGGCGUGGAUAUCUGCUCCAUCGGUUUGGAGGACCUCAGAGCCAAGCUGACUGUGAUCCCCCAGGACCCUGUCCUGUUUGUAGGUACAGUAAGGUACAACUUGGAUCCCUUUGGGAGUCACGCGGAUGAGAUACUUUGGCAGGUUCUGGAGAGGACAUUCAUGAGACACACAAUAAUGAAACUCCCGGAAAAAUUACAGGCAGAAGUCACAGAAAAUGGAGAAAACUUCUCAGUAGGGGAACGCCAGCUGCUUUGUAUGGCCCGAGCUCUUCUCCGCAAUUCAAAAAUCAUUCUCCUUGAUGAAGCCACUGCCUCCAUGGACUCCAAGACAGACACCCUUGUUCAGAGGACCAUAAAAGACGCCUUCAAAGGCUGCACGGUGCUGACCAUCGCCCACCGCCUCAGCACGGUCCUCAACUGCGACCUGGUCCUGGUCAUGGAAAACGGGAAGGUGGUCGAGUUUGACAAACCUGAAGUCCUUGCUGAGAGGCCAGAUUCUGUGUUUGCAAUGUUACUAGCAGCAGAAACCCAAGUCCAAUUAUAAAAGGCCCUGUGGGGGCCACAUCA